AUGUCCCUGGCGCGCUCAGCCAGUGGCCCAGGCGGUCUCACAAUCAACACUGGCGCUGCAAACUCCCUCACACGCGCUACUGCUACAAACCACAAAUAUUUGCUACUCACCGACCUCGCCCAACGUUGCGCGCCUCACAAAACAUCUCCAUCGGCUAACGAGUUGGCUGUUUCUUUGCCGUCAUCAUCUAGCGCACCUAUAUCCCAACCUCAAUCGACCAGCGGUCUUUUCGCAUCGACAGCCACAAACACAAACUCGAGCUCCGCGACCGCGACCGGCGCCAUGGGGCUCUUUGGCACGGCGGCAGCGCAGCCAAAGGCGGGCGGCCUGUUUGGGGCAUCAACAACCACACAAGCACCGGCGGGCGGCGGGCUCUUUGGCGCCGUCAGCACGACAGCGGCCCAGCCGCAGCAAGGACAGACAACGCCAGCCUCGGGCAGUAUCUUUGGUGCUGCGCAGUCGCAGCCAAAGCCUGCUGGGGGUCUGUUUGGAGCACCGGCUGCGCAACCCACAAACACAUCAGCUGCAAGCGUCUUUGGCGGUGGUGCUGCGGCGACGCAGCAGCCUGCUCAAGCAAGUUCGGGCAUCUUUGGUGCUGCAGCGGCACAGAAGCCGGCGGGCACGGGACUCUUUGGCGCGACGGCGACGCAGCAGCCUGCUCAGGCGGGCACGGGACUAUUUGGAAAUGCACAGCAAGGGGGAGCUACAUCAAAUACUACCUUUGGCCAGCCACAGGCAAACUCGUCUGCUGGAAUCUUUGGCCAAAGUCAACAGCCGACGCAAGCAGCCAACCAGGUCCCGGCAGUCCAGAUCAACUAUGAUACCUUGCGCCCGCGGUCCCGAUUCGACGACCUGGCCCAACCGAUUCAAGAUGAAGUGGCCCUCAUAGACAAGGGCAUCCAGCGCGUCAUCAAGAUGCGGGACGCGAUUGGCGAGUUUAUGCCCCAGCACGAAAAGGACCUUCAGCAGCUCGGCAACGACGUCAAGUUUGUCGAGUCCAAAUUCCGCACGUUGCAAGAAGCCCUCAACCGCGACAUACAGACCGUCAAGAGCCUGCAAGACGUGACCAAGAAGAACAUUGGCGACGCGCAGCUAUCAUUCAAAGCCGCGGACAAUCUCAAGCUCCCUAGCCACUACCAUCAAACCGGCCUCUUUGCCGGCUCCGCCCCGUCGACCGGCUCAAACGACACGGACGCGUCUUCGGCGCACGCCAACGCCCAGGACCUCAUCACAUACUUUAACCGCAUCUGCGACGACGUGGAGCGGUACAAGAAGCGGCUAGACGAGUACCGCGGCGAGAUUGAGCGCGACAUGCCGGGCGUCGAGAAUGGGCUGUACGAGCAGAUUCGCAGCUUCCGAGACCGCAACGCCGCGCUCUACGGCACCGGCGGCGCCGGCGGUGUCCAGGACCAGCUCAACCAGGUGCUCUCUGCGCUCAGGGAAACGGGAAAUGCCAUUGUCGGCCAGGCCGGUCAGAUUGCGGACACGCGCGAGCGCUUAUCGCGCCUCCAGGCCGGGUUCAUUGAUAACGGUCUCUAUGCGAACAAUUAA